CUCGAGAUUUGGCGUAUGUCGCAGAACGAAAGCCGCUGUGGAAGCUACAGUUGUUUCCGGAGCACCAGGCGCAGCCGGGACUGCAGCCGAACUUGUGAUGGCACAGUUCAACGCCUCCAUAGCUGCGGCAGUCCGGAGGCACCUGGAAGUAGUGGACGCUGAAUUCAUCAACAGCAUGCGUCACCGCGACGUGCCAUUGAUGUCGCUCUUCAGCGCCGAGACGCAGUAUGUGAAAAAGCGCAAGGCCAUUGUCGUGUCGCCCGGUCUGGUGAGUGUCAUAAUGAACGUGACCCACAGCACGGAUCCCAUCGCGACUGUUCUCAUCGGAGCACCCAUCCUGCGGGCCAUGGUGCCCCGCCGCCAGGGGGUGUACAAAUGGCAGUGGGCCAGCCAGCGCCGUCUCAACAGUGCCAUCGAAUGCGUCGAAAACAAGAUGGCGUCGAGCAAGACGGUAGCCGGAAGGGUUCUGACCGAGUCGUCCAUCCUGGAACCCCUGUUUGAUGCGUACCGACGGAGCCUCGCCGAUGAAAUAGGCCUUGGAAAGCGCCUCACGAAGCAGUACAGCAACAACGAGUUGUUCUACGUGCUAUGGGCGCACGGGCAUUGUGAUGACCCUCUGGCAGAUGUGGUCGUCAACGGUGUUGCCAACAACUCUGCCCACUUCGCCUCCACGUUCGGGUGUUCCCGCGGUGACAGGCUGUGGUCCGAGGACAAGUGCACCUUCUGGGUGUAGAACAGAUUCUUCCUUUGUUUCUGUUUUUCUCUUCGUGUUUAUUUUUUGUUCAAAUAGCUGAUGCAUUUUCUCCCGUUUUCUGUCGUCCUUUAUUUAGUUUUUCAAUGUUUC